AAUGCAAGGCAAAAGACAGCCUCCAAGAGCUAUUUAUUCAACAGGUCAUCCUACUAGCACUCACUUGUUACAUUAUUGCGGCGCUGCAGACUCAUCAAUAACUCAGAGCUAUAUGAUAAAGAUGCCAAGGUCGUUUCUGGUGAAGAAACAUCUCACUAAUAAGAAGCCAAACUAUGGAAUUCUGGAUUCAAAAGCAGACGAUCUCUACACCAGCCUGGUCCAGCCUGAGGUAGCCUGUUACAUCCCCAGCACUCCUCAGCCCCUGGAGGGUUGGCUGCCAGGGCCAAGUCUCAUCCCCACACCAGCCUCCAUGCACUUUCCACAGGUAGACAGGCUGCCUUCAAGGGACACCAGCUUGUCACUGCAUAGCUCAACACAGGAAAUCCUCUACCCCCUGUCAGUGUCUCACAACAAUCUGCUAAGAGACUCACACUCCGGACUUGAGCCCCUGGGAACCAUGGAACCCCAGACCUUCCUGCUCUCACAGGACUUCAGACACCUGGAGGAGAGGGGCAGCAUGCCUAAUCCCCUCAUGGGCCUUGUUCACUCUAGUGUUAGUCAGGAGCGCUUUGAAUGCUUCGACUGCCACAAAGCCUACUUCACCUUUUCUGGGCUGGCCAAGCACAGGCAGUUGCACUGUGAGUGGCAGUGUCACAAGUACUUCAGCUGCAAGUACUGUGACAAGGAGUACGUGAGUCUGGGAGCUCUGAAGAUGCACAUCCGAACACACACACUGCCCUGCGUCUGCAAGCUCUGUGGGAAGGCCUUCUCCAGGCCUUGGCUGCUCCAGGGACACAUUCGCACACAUACAGGUGAGAAGCCCUUCUCCUGCCCACACUGCAGCCGGGCGUUUGCUGACCGCUCCAACCUCCGAGCACACCUGCAGACACACUCUGACAUCAAGAAAUACCAGUGCAAGAGCUGCUCCAAAACCUUCUCCAGGAUAUCUCUGCUCUCCAAGCAUGAAGAGUCUGGCUGCUGCCCACAGUCCUGAUGCCAUUUACUGCCUGUGCUGCCCACUCUGAACCUGUUGCCUACUUGCCUAGGCUACGCCUGGUUCUACUAACAUCAGACUGCUGUGCCCUCACAACGCACUGGAGAAAGACUGCUAUUAGUGACAUGGAGCUCUGACUACUGUAUGUUUUUGGUCUCUGACAUUUCAAGCUCAUGAAAUAAGCACAAUGGACUGUGUCCAAAGACGUUCUUAUGUCAUAUAUUUGAUAUAUGAAGUAGUUGUUUGACAAAAAAAAAUGAGAAAAGUUAUCGCAUGCUGCCAAAAAUACUUGAAAUUGAAAAGCCUUGAAGUUUUGAUUGUGUUAUUGAUGAUUACCUGUGCCUUUUGAGGAAAUGUAUAGCGGGAGUAUACCAUUUUGUAUGAACUUUGUUUGUUUAAAAACAAUAAAUACCUACUUUUGUACAAUAUGCCUAAAUAUGAAAACAUGCAUCAUCAUGGGAGACAUGAACCACUGAGAUGAAAGCACAAG